CACAAUAUGAUCCCCACUGGACGUCUGAUUGGCGGUGAUUGCAAGAAGCUGGAGGACCAAUUUGGAGUUCUGAUCCAGAGAAGGAUGGAGCUGUACAACUUGUGUAGAUCUGAUAGGGACAUUGAACAAUAUGGACUGAAAGACUUGAUGGAAGAGUAUCUUCUAUGCACAUAUCCAAUGAACAAGUCUGAUGCGCAGGCAUUGGCAUCGUUAGCACAAGGAGGCCAACUUGUUGGUCCACAUCCAACUUUGCAAGUAGGGAAAUGCUGCAUUGUUACACACAACACAAAGGACAUUGCUGCCGGUACUCUUUGGUUUGUUGGAACCAGAGGAGAGCAGAGAUCACGGAACAGCAAAAAAAUAGGUAGGGCGGAUUGUGUGGUUGUUAUUGAAAGUCUGAUUGAUGAAGCGUUUGAACCAAAAAGAAGGCAUUCAUCCUGGCCACAAACAGCAAAGACACUAGGAGAGCUGAAGAGAAGUCUUCAUACUUUUGAACUGGCAGUGAAAGUCAAUCAAAUCAAGAUCCUUUUGGAUGACCAUCAACCAUCUUGCACGCCAGCCAUGGUGGGGGAUGCGACUGUCCAACCUUUCCAAGUCGACAAGAGCUAUCUUGAUGGGCUAUUACAGGAACACCAGGCCAGCAACAACAGUACACCAAUGAUGCCAAUGCAGGAAACGGACAGUGUUGAUAUCAUUGCCCAGGAGGAUGACACUGAGGACAGGGCUGCUGCUGGCCUUGAAGCAGAGAUGCACAAGGAUAGUGAGACUGGUUUGCUUUUGACAAAAGUCAGUGAGGGAUCUUUUUCACCAAUUUCACAACAUACCACUGUCAAAGAAAGCCAAUAA